GGCGACAGAUUGAGGGGGGAUGGAAAACAGGAGACACCGAUCCAGGAUGAUCAGGAACGGGGAAAACGUUGCCCACCAAAAAAGAAAGAGGAAAGCGGAGUGAUUGUGUGUGCAGGGGAGGGCAGAGGCAGGCAGGAGAAAGGAGAGGAGGCGAGGCAUCCCGGCAGGAUGAGGAUGAGGAGGGCCAAGCGCUGACUGUGGGGAGAAGGAGUAUGCUUCUGCCUGGCUCCGCUCUGGGCUGAGGAGCUCGCUGUAUGGACUGGCAUUGGCGAACAGCAGCCUGGACAUGUUGAGGACCGUGGCGCUGAUUUUUCCUCCCGUAGCAACAUGCAAUGGCUGGUGGUAGCAUUUAGCAGCCCAGGAGGAGGUGGAGGUGGUGGAGGAGGGGAAGGCACUUCCUUGUUUCUAACCAUGAGAAUGAUGCCCAUCAUCACACCAUGCUUCAGAGGAGGUAGGUGACAUUGUUGGGGGGAGUCUAUAAGAGGAGAGGAGCAAAGAGAACCACACCGGAGACCGCAGUAGCCCCUCCACUCAGCCCCUAAAAUAUGAUCAGGGGGGCUUGGAUGUAUCCAAGAGAAGAUGACGCUGUGUUACAAAUUUGUUGUGCACCAAGACAAAACGACAAACCCUGCGCUGAUUCCGAGAGGGCACAGAAAUGGCGAAUGUCUCUGGCAUCCCUUCUAUUUUUCACUGUCCUCCUCUCUGAUCAUCUGUGGCUCUGUGCUGGAGCCAAGCUCAGAUCCAAGGAUAGGAGCUUAGCCAUGCAGACGCCUUGGGGGGACGCAAGCCAGCGCGCCUUCCAGCCACAUUUCCUUUUGACAGGGGAUCAACAGUCACAGGAGGGGAGGUGUGAGAUUUUUUUAAGCAAUUUGACCAAAUUUGCUGCUCCGAUCCCAUAUUGCACUGGUGCCCGGGGUCAUUUCGAUCUGGACUCAGCUUGCACCAAAUUGUAUUCCUUGCAGCGACUCUUGGGCUCUUUCCCUUCUGUACCCUUAAGGCCACCCCCCUCCUCCUCCUCUUCAUCAGCCUCUUUUUUUUCCUCUUCCUCCUCCAAAAUAAACUUCUUAAAGGCUUAUUUUAGGAACUUCAACCUCUCUUUUUGUGAUACUUACACGAUCUGGGACCUGCUGCUGGGUAUGGCCGGCCCAGACAGCUUGGAUUGCAGUUUGGACAACCUGAUGGUGGAUUUCGUGGCUGCUGCAGCCGGUGCUCUGGACGGAGAGGCGUGUAGCAGCUGUGUCCAGGCUUAUCAGAGGCUGGACCAACACGCUCAGGAAAAAUAUGAGGAGUUUGACCUCUUGCUGGAGAAAUACUUGCAAUCAGAAGAGUAUUCAGUUAGAUCCUGCAUAAGAGACUGCAAGGCUGUCUACAAGGCCUGGCUGUGCUCCGAGUAUUUCAAUGUGACACAACAACAGUGCCAACACCGGAUUCCAUGCAAGCAAUACUGCCUGGAGGUGCAGACUAGGUGCCCUUUUGUGUUACCUGACAAUGACGAGCUGAUCUAUGGAGGGUUGCCUGGUUUCAUCUGUACGGGGUUGCUAGAGAGCCAAUUAUCCAAUGAGGAAGCAAAGUGCUGCGAUGUGCAAUGGGACUCUUGUGACCACCCACCAGACAGCAACUACAAUGCGUCCCCCAAAUCCACAGAGUUGGAGUCAUUCCAUUACCACCGUCAUGACCCCCACCUUCAUCACCACCAGCAGCAUCACUAUUACCUCUACCACCACUACCAGUACCACCAACCCCACCCACCAUCUUUGCUACCUGUCUCCGCCGGGUCUCGCCUCAGCAACAGCAAAAUCAGACUCUGCAUCCUGGUCCUUAUGCUUCUCCACACCAUGGUGUCCUUCUCAAGCGUGCACAGCAGUGAGGGGACUGCCAGCAGGGGGCUGAGCUAUGAGGCCCUGCCUGCCAUGGAUGAGAGCAUAACAAGAGAUGAGUGACCCAGAGGGGAAAGGAAAUGUCCAAGCAGAGUGCCGGCUCUUUUCCUGCCAAGGGGGGCACACACUAUUCCUCCAAUGGGAGGCACAGGAUUGGGGGUGAUGCACACACACACCCCUACCCACACCCCCAAGAGCUGCUCGCCACGGGGCAUCCCCGUGAUGAAGAGUCUUUAAUGCACACAGGGCUGCAGGACUCAGCUUUGAGAAGGGUUCAGUUAUCAACAGCCUUUCAGCUGUGCGCAUCCUGCUUGGGAGAGGCUCUGGGAGCUAGCGCAAAGAGGUAUAGAAAAGGGGACGGGGGCUGGGAUGGGAGAGGGUCCCUUUGAAAGAGUUCUCCCCAUGGAAAUGCCACUGCUUUCCCUGCCACCUAUGAGGUGUCUCAUGUGGUGCCCCUAUUUUUUCUACCAACUGGAUAAUUCAGUGCUAUAGGUUCAAUAAAUUGGUUUAUCCGCUAUUCCUCCCCCCCGACCCAAUCUUUAAACCUCACCAUUGUAUAUCACCAAAGCUGCUGGGUGGCAUAUACAGCAACUCAAACACCUCGAAACAGACCCCACCUAACUUCUCAGCACACCUCUCCCCGCUGAGGGACAGUCUUGGCUCCUUAGUGUGACUUGCUGACCCCUCUCUCUGGGUAGCCUGGUGUUAGGCUCACUCUCUUGCCAACAGACAAGAUCCAUUUCUGAGGCUAAGUUGUUGGGGUGGAAGAUGUAUUACACAGCAUUGUGUGUGCCAUAUGGGGUUGUGUUUCUUACCUCAGUCAGCCCUUCCUUGUCUAUGCCACUCUUGUCCUUCAAUACAUUGAACAUAAAUAACAUCCCCUGUGGAUGUUGUCAGUGAGUAGAGAGAUGGAUGUAGUACGGGAUGGAACAGGAAAUUAUAUUUCCAGAGUUCUUAACACUUCACUCCCCAAUGUGUCCCCAGAAUUUUCUUAAAUUCCUGUACUUUGUUUUCUCCAACAGCUUGUUUGAGUUUGGAGAGGGCAGCAGUUAGGGAAACAAGAAUCUGCAAGAGACCGGUGGCACAUACUCAGUGCUUAAGCUGAGGGAGUUGGAAGUGUCAUAUCACAGUGAGCAGCUUUGCAGGGGCAGAGCUGACUGCACUAUUUUGCAGUGGGGCCAGGGAUGGUAACAAAUGGAUAAAAAGCCCCAACUUGCACCCUGUAAAGUUUCCCAGUUACAAACUCUUACAGCAUGUGAGAAGAGGACUGGAGAAAUCCAGCCCAUAGGGAAAUAGUUUCCCAAAUAAAAUGCCAGCAGCUAAUAAGGGACAGGUGAAGAAGUGAGGUUUCAUGUGCACUAUGUGCAGCACUGAUCAUACGACUCCUGAAAGUCGUGCUGGAACAGCCACACUCAGCCUGGCAAGAUGUUGAUUGGCAACAGCUUAGAUUGACUCACCUUUAUGUCCGUUGUCUCCAGGCAACGCUUACCUCAAACACGGUCAUAGACUGGAAUUCAGCCCCAUCCAGACAUAGGAUCCCACCUCUAACUCUGACCUUUCAAAUUCUCCAUCCUGAGGACUGAGAUUUAUACUAAUAGGGAAUGUUGUAACUUGAGGCAUGUGGCACCCCUCCACCCCUUCUAUGUCCCUGUAUAGCUGAUAUUUUCUCCUGCAGAGCCCACGUUCACGGUGAUUUCUCUCAUUCUCGCAGUCAUGUUACUGUAACGGGCUGAUGAUAUCACUAGGAGGAGCGAAUGACAUUCUAGGAAGGAAUGCUUCGGGUCCUGGCUGGAAACAAAGACAAACUAAUCAGGAAUGAGAGAGGAGUUGAGGGUCAAAUAUUAGUGAGGACAAAGCUCACUUUGGAGGGGGAAGGCAAGAUGAACUUGUUGCCCAACAUCAGUAUGAAGUGAAGCACAAGGAGACAGAAAAGAAUGUUGUGCACAGUUAGAUGCUCUCCCUCUCUCCAGGUCACAGUGACCGGGAGCAUUUAUUAUUCAUCUUGCAUGGCUCAUUUAGGGAAAAAUUAAGAUCUAAGUCCCACCACCUGAGACAGCAUGUUCAGUGGCUGAGUGGUUGUAACUAGGGGUCAGGUAAACCAACUAAAAUCAGAAUUAGACUGGUUCUUCUGUCAAAUUUCAAACCAAGCCCAGACUUGUCUGAAGGUCAAAGAAAUUUCAUAAAGUUCAGGAUUUAUAAUACUUUUGUAUUUCCUGGCUUCUCUUGAAUUGAAGCAGAAAUAACCAAAACACUAUGAGAAAAGCUACUUCCCGCCUGGCUGGAAGAAGGAAGUACCAGAAAUCUCAUGGGAAAGCUGGAUUUUCUGAUAUUUCCAGCCCAUUUCCAGACCAAAGAGGAUCAGAAAAGCAGGUGAAUGUUUGGAUUCUUAUUUGACUUGAACCUCAGAAUUUUUGGAUGAUGUUUACAUAUUAUUCUUUCCCAUGCAUUACCAAAGUCCUGAAUGCAUAUAGCCUGUGAACACCAUUCUCAUAAUACCAAACAGACCCACUGGCUAUCAGGCUAAAAUUGUGUAAUAGGGAUAAUACUACUAGUUUUCAGGGUAGAUCCUGAGGACUCUUCCCAAGACAGAUCCUGUUGCUGUUUACAUCCACUGUGGCUAGGACAGACCUUGUGUGAAUAUUCACAACAGCUACCGUGUAUUUGCAGUUUGGUUCACUCUGAUGUAAGAACAGGUAUGUGCAACAGUUUAGCAAAUAUGAAUCAGACUUUUUUUGAUCUUAGGAUUUUUUUGCCUUGGCAUUUAAAACCAGCCUUUGUGGUAGCUAUGAUGACUUGAGCAGAUGACUAGGCCAAACGAACAUGCACAAGCAUGUUUUUGUAUCAGGAUUACAAACUCUGACUCAUUUUUAAGGAAACUAAACUUCACAGGAAGUUUUAAGGAAACUAAACUUGUUAAGGUUUGAGUGGCCACCUAAUUCCAAGUGUCUACUUCAGAGAUAGGAUGAGUUAGUCUUUAAACCAGAGGUGGGCAAACUUUUCGGCCUGAGGGCCACAU